GUCCUCACAGCCAAGGAUAAAGAUCUCCAAGAGCCGCCCUUGCUGCAACGCUCGGCUCGGGUGGAGCGCAGCUUCAUCAUCGACAACGGCGAGCUGCUCGUGUACAGGGACCAUCAUCCCAACGCAAAAGUAAAGGCGAUUUACAGUCUCAAAAAUGCCACUUGCUUUUACGAAGAGCCGCGCACGUCUUCUCUGCCAAAAUGGCAAGAAGGCUACAACAUGCGCCUCCGAGUAAUUUGUUCAGAGAGAGAGGCGCAAGCCAAGUCUCCGUUGUACCUAUAUUCAAAAGAUGAUGCCAAGAUCCACAGAUGGAAGCGAGCGUUCACGCUGGCAAAGGUGUUAGUUUCAGAAAACGACCGCCGGGCGCUGAAGGUGUCCAUAGGCCGUGCUACCUCUGGGGCCCUGCAAAAAGCUUGGGAUGCCCUGGCCAUCUACUAUGGCCCGGGGCUCAGGGUGGUGGCGGUGGUGGUGGUGCUGGUGGUUCGAGAUUCAAGAAGAAGUAGUAGCAGUACCAAAAGUUUUCGUAGAGGGUGGGAGGUGGAGGGAUAG